AUGUCAGGGGUUUGGGUUUUCAAGAACGGUGUGGUGAGGCUAGUGGAGAACCCUGGGUCAGAGCGCAAGGUGUUGGUUCACACAGCAAGCAAUGAGGUCAUUACAUCCUACGCAGUGUUGGAACACAAGCUGAACUCACUUGGGUGGGAGCGUUACUAUGAUGACCCUGACCUUCUUCAGUUCCACAAGCGUUCCACCGUGCACCUCAUAUCCCUCCCAAGGGAUUUCAACAAGUUCAAGUCCAUGCACAUGUACGACAUAGUGGUCAAGAACAAAAACUACUUCGAAGUUAGGGACAUGAUGUAG